CGCGUGUCUGGAAGGCUGGCGGCGGUGGGUUGGGGUCGCUCUGUUCUUCGGCCAUGGCCUCAGAGAAGCCGAUCGUGGUGGUGACUUGCACCGCGCCCGUCAACAUCGCGGUCGUCAAAUACUGGGGAAAGCGAGAUGAGGAGCUGAUCCUACCCAUCAAUUCCUCUCUGAGUGUCACAUUGCACCAGGAUCAGUUAAAAACCACCACGACGGCCGCCAUCAGCAGGGACUUCACAGAGGAUCGGAUUUGGCUGAAUGGCCAGGAGGAGGAUGUGGGGCAGCCUCGCCUCCAGGCCUGCCUGAGGGAGAUCCGCCGCCUGGCCCGCAAGCGGAGGAGCAACGGCCAUGAAGACCCACUGCCUCUCAGCCUCAGCUACAAGGUUCACGUGGCCUCGGAGAACAACUUCCCCACAGCUGCAGGCCUGGCCUCCUCUGCUGCAGGCUAUGCCUGCCUAGCCUACGCCCUGGCCCGGGUCUAUGGGGUGGACAGCGAUCUGUCGGAAGUGGCCCGCAGGGGCUCAGGCAGUGCCUGCCGCAGCCUGUACGGUGGCUUCGUGGAGUGGCAGAUGGGGGAGCGCCCCGAUGGGAAGGACAGCAUCGCCCAUCAGGUGGCCCCCGAGUCACACUGGCCAGAGCUCCGAGUCCUGAUCCUCGUGGUGAGCGCCGAGAGGAAGCCGAUGGGCAGCACGGCAGGCAUGCAGACCAGCGUGGAGACCAGUGCCCUGCUCAAGUUCCGGGCAGAGGCACUGGUGCCGGCGCGCAUGGCCGAGAUGACCCGCUGCAUCAGGGAGCGAGAUUUCCAGGCUUUUGGCCAGCUGACCAUGAAGGAUAGCAACCAGUUCCACGCCACCUGCCUGGACACCUUCCCGCCCAUCUCCUACCUCAGUGACACAUCCCGGCGCAUCAUCCAGCUGGUGCACCGCUUCAAUGCUCACCACGGGCGGACCAAGGUGGCGUACACUUUUGAUGCGGGUCCCAACGCCGUGGUCUUCACCCUGGAUGACACCGUGGCUGAGUUUGUGGCUGCCGUGAGGCACAGCUUCCCCCCUGAGUCGAACGGAGAAAAGUUUCUGAAGGGGCUGCCCGUGGAGCCCAUCCUGCUCUCAGAUGAGCUUAAAGCUGCGCUGGGCAUGGACCCUGUCCCCGGCAGCAUCAGAUACAUCAUCGCCACUCAGGUGGGACCCGGGCCUCAGGUCCUGGACCACCCUGGCGCUCAUCUCCUGGGUCCUGACGGUCUGCCAAAGCCAGCUGCCUGACCACCUCUUUGAUGGGGCCCAGCCGCCGCUGGGAGAAGGGGCCGCUUCGCUGGGAUUGGGAGCCGGGUGUGGUGGUCAACAGGCCACGCUUGUUGGGAUUUGUGGGUAACUGCCUGCUCUGGGCCAGGCCAUGUGCUGUGGCUGAGUUGGGCAAUGGAAUGACGCCUGCAGCCACCCAGAUGAUCAGGGGCAGCCCCCCAAGUGCCUCACCUUUCCCUGACCUGCACCCAGCGCUUGCUGAGAUGGGGACCUGGACCCCGAUCCAAGACCAGGGGACUGAGCCGGCAGGGAGCUGCUGGUGCAUCGAUCAUGAAGGGCCCUCAGGCCCUGGACUCAUGGGCACCCCACUGCCACAGGAGGUGAUGGCAUGUCGGGGUACCCCUCAGAGCUGGAAGCCGGGUCACCGUGCAGGGGACGACCUCAGGACAGCUCCAUGAAGUGCUCCCUCAACUCUGAGCCCAGGCCCCUGAGCGGGUGCAGUGUUGUGUCUGUGGGACAGGGGAGCAGUGCCAAGGCCAGAGUAAAGGCAGUUCGAGGACUCAC